AUGAAGGCUUUGCAGGCCUGGCUGCUGGGCCUGCUGCUGCUGGGAAUGGCCCUGUGGGGGGCUGCGAGCCAAACCCACCCGCACUCCAUGGAGAUCCGCAACCCUGACAUCGAUCCCGCCUGGUACGCGGGCCGCAGGAUCAGACCCGUGGGCCGCUUCGGCCGGAGGACAGCAGCCCCCCCGGGAUGUCGUGAACCGGCCAGGCUGCUCCCCCCUGAAAGGAGGCGCUGA